CAAGUCUCAGAGGAUGCGGUGCUUGAGAGGCUUGUACUUUGGGGCAGCCUGACAACAGCUCAUUGAUCAGGAUAACAAGACGUCGCGUCUAAACCGUCUGCAGAGAAUUUAUCGCACCAUGGCAACAUUAGCACAGACGAAAGAGAUCUUCCGUUGUGCAGAUGCGGUUUGCUUUGAUGUGGACAGCACCGUUAUCCGAGAAGAGGGCAUCGACGAGCUUGCCAAGUUUUGUGGAGUUGGAGAUGCAGUGACAGAAAUGACACGAAACGCUAUGGGUGGCACAGUGAGUUUUAAAACUGCGUUGACAGAGCGGUUGGCUAUAAUAAAGUGCUCACGAGAACAAGUCAACAAACUAAUUACGGACCACCCUCCUCAGCUGACUCCAGGUAUUAAGGAGCUUGUUGAGAGGUUGCAUCAGCGCAACGUAAAGGUUUUUCUCAUUUCCGGUGGGUUCCGCUGCAUUGUUGAGCAUGUUGCAGCCCAGCUAAACAUCCCUCUCCAUCACGUCUUUGCCAACCGCCUUAAGUUUUACUUCAACGGUGAGUAUGCUGGGUUUGAUGAGACCCAGCCUACUGCAGAGUCUGGUGGAAAAGGAAAGGUGAUCAGCAUGCUGAAGGAACAGUACGGUUUUGAAAAAGUAGUGAUGAUCGGAGACGGGGCCACUGAUCUGGAGGCCUGCCCGCCUGCUAGCGCUUUCAUUGGAUUUGGAGGGAAUGUUGUGAGACAACAAGUAAAGGAGAAAUGUUCGUGGUAUGUCACAAGUUUUGGAGAGCUGUUCAAAGAACUAGAGAAAAUUUAGUGUCAGUAACCUCUGUGCCUGUUACAAUUGUUUCAGUGUUGCUUCAAAACAGAUUUUGUGCCUUUUCUAGUCUCACUUGAUCAUUUAAACAUCUUUUUUUUUAAAAAACAUGUUUCUCUAUGGAUUUAGUGUAAUAGCAUUCCAAUAUGUGAGGCAUUUGCAAAUGCUAGAAUGUUUACAUAGACUAAACAACCCUCCAAGAGAAAAUUCUGAAACUAAAUGUCAAGUAUGAGUUUUGAUAUGAAAUUUACAUAAACAAAGCAUAAUCCCUAAACUUUGAGUUUAGCUUUUAACUGUGUUUUUAUAAUGAUCAUUAGAGCUUUAUGUAGAAUUUCAUACUAAAAUGCUGUCAUAUUUUUUAAAUAUGUGCAAUGAUGUUUUCUUUUAAUUUUGGUACUAAUAGAUGUUUUAAUAUUGGUACUGACACAGUAUAAAUUGUAUUAAAGCUUUUAAGAAGAAUACUGCCCUGCAGGGACAAUGGAUUUUAAUGCAUAUAUAAACUGUAAGCACAAGACAUGUAAAUACAACUUUGAACAGUA